CUUGUCGAUGUUACAAAAAGGCCUCUACUUUUCUCAAUAUAAUCCAACAUUAGACUCUUUACCUGGUUAAUUUGCUGACCAUGACGUUUUAUUGAUGCCAGUAUUGACAAGAGUGAAAGUCCCGCCUCGACAGGCGGAAGUAGUUUCUUCUCGCCACACGAUUGUUGUUGUUGUGUAGCGUCGUGACCGUCCAACGAGACACUUUGGGCUUUUUUAGGGUUUUUUCUGCCGCAAGUGGUAAAAAAAACAUCUGGAAGUUUAUAUUUGUGGCGCCAUUAUUCAGUCGAAACAACAGACUUAAGUGUCCGGCAGAGGGCGCGCUGGUCGUCACCAUGGCAACGAGGCUUGUUUUUUUUUAAUGUUUUUUUUCUGCCGUAAGUUGUGAAAAAACAUCUGGAAGUUUUCAUUUGUGGCGCCAUUUUCAGUCGAAACAACAAAUCUAAGUGUCCGGCAGAGGGUGCGCUGGUCGUCACCAUGGCAACGAGGCUCCAGCGCGUGGCGGUGGUCGGCGCCGGUGCAGCGGGACUGUGCGCCGCCAGGCACAUCCUGUCCAGACCGGACCGCUUCGCCCCGCCGGUCUUGUUGGAACUGUCGGCCCACGUGGGCGGGACUUGGUGCUACGAGGAGCCAGUGGGGACGGGCGAGGACGGGCGGGCGCUUCUCAGCAGCAUGUACCGACACCUCAGAACCAACCUUCCCAAGGAGGUGAUGAUGUUCCCGGACUUCCCCUUCCGGGAGCAGCUCAGCAGCUUCCUGCCUCACCAGGAAGUGCGGCGCUACCUGGAGGACUACUGCGCCCACUACAAGAUCGCCCCUCACAUACGACUGCGCACGGCGGUGGAGGCCGUGAAGGCCGUCGUCACGCCGACGGGGGCGACCUAUGAGGUGACGUCAUCAAACGGCCGGCGGAGGACGGAGACGUUUGACUCGGUCUUCGUGUGCUCGGGGCAUUAUUCUGAUCCCUACAUCCCGGACGUGGCCGGCGUGGACAAGUUCAAAGGCCGGGUCCUCCACAGCCACGCCUACAGGAGCGCAGACGCCUUCGCCGGUCUGUCCGUGGUGGUUCUGGGAGCGCACGCGUCCGGGUUGGACAUUUCCUUGGAGUUGGCCAACGUCGGCGCUCAGGUGACUCUGAGUCACGGCCGGCCUCCUUUCACCUUCCCUCUGCCCGCUGAGAUCCAACAGGCCGGUCUGGUGGCGGCGGUGGAGGACGACGGCAGCGUUGGCUUCCAGGACGGCAGGCGGGUGCAGGCGGACGUCCUGCUCUUCUGCACCGGCUACAAGUUCAGCUUCCCCUUCCUGGACGCCAGGCAGCUGGCGCUGGACAUCCAGGACCACUUGGUGGCGCCGCUGUACCGCUUCAUGAUGCCGCCCGCCUUCCCCUCGCUCUUCUUCAUCGGCCUCUGCAAGACCAUCUGCCCCUUCCCGUACUUCCACUGUCAGGUGAGCAGGGGGCGGGGCCGCCAUCCAGAAGGGAACAUUUGCCGUCUUAUCCCCGCAGGUCCAGUUCGCUCUGGCCACGCUGGAAGGUUCCGUGGCUCUGCCGACCCGGGCCCAGAUGGAUGCCGAGGUCCGGCUGGAGAUGCGGGAGAAGGCGGAGCGUGGCGUGGCGCCGCGGCACCUGAUGGUGAUGGAGCGGGACCAGUGGGAGUACCUCGCCACGCUGGCCAGCGACGCCGGCUUCCCGCCGCUGCCUCCGGUGGUCCGCAGCCUGUACGAGGAGGUGUGGCGACAGCGGCAGGUCCACCCCCAAGACUACCGCCGCCUCAACUACAGGCUGGUGAGCGAUGCCCAGUGGCAACUGGCCCACGCAGAGUCAGCCGUUACCAUGGCAACUGAAGGAAAGUAGGGCUAGUCUGCUUUUAAAAGGCGCUUUCAGUCAUGAAGUCACACGUUUAGGGGCGAUGACUGUAAACGGGAAGUGAAAGAAGUCAUGUGAUCACGUCUCACGCAUGAAGAGCAGCGUGACGUUCAUGGCGUGGUGUGAUGCCAUCGCAGCGUCGCGUGCACGGGUGUCCCAAGUGCGGCAGCUCAUUUUUAAUAGCCCAUCGAAAAGUACUUUUGAAAAAGUUGACUUAUUUUUAAUCCCCAAUAAUUUAGUGGGAUUUAUCAUCGAAAUUGGUAAUAAAAUUACAAUGAAUUUUUGGAUUUAUUUUUUUAAAAGUCUAUCAAAUAUAGUAAUAAAAUUAAAAUAAAUGUUUUGAUUUUUUUUUUUUUAGCUCAUUCAAAAAUAGUAAAAUUUAAAUCAAUUUGUAGAUUUUUUUUAACUCAAUCAAAAAUAAUAAAAGUUAAAAUAAAUGUUUUGGUAUUUUUUUUAACUGUCAAUCAAAAAUAGAAAAAAAUUUAAAUACA